CUAUCAAUGAAGUAGUAAAAGGAGGGAACAUUCUGUUAGUUAGGAAAAGAAAAGAAAGGAGAGAAAAAUAUCUAUCUUUUGAUAGGGAGGUUGCUUAUAGGGGUUCCCUUCCUUCAGAUAACACCAACGUGCUACUCACAGACCAAGACAUCAUCAUGAAGUUAAUCAUAGGCAUUGGCGGUGUGACAAACGGUGGGAAAACCACUCUUACGAAUAAACUGAUGCAGGCGUUACCCAACUGUUGUGUGAUACAUCAGGAUGACUUCUUCAAGAAACCCGAUCAGAUAGAAGUCGGGGAGGACGGCUUUAGACAAUGGGAUGUGAUCACAUCCCUGGAUAUGGAGGCCAUGGUUAACACAAUAAAGGGAUGGCAGGAGAACCCAGUUAAGUUUGCCCGAUCCCACGGAGUCAGCGUCACGCCCAAAGCAGAGGAACAGGAGCCCGACAACGCUAUCCACAUUCUCAUCGUGGAGGGGUUCCUCCUCUACAACUACCAGCAUAUUCUUGAUGUCUACGACCAACGCUAUUACAUUGCCAUUCCAAAAGAAGAGUGCAAAAGGAGAAGGAGUACAAGGACCUACACAGUCCCAGACCCCCCUGGUCUGUUUGAAGGCCAUGUCUGGCCUAUGUACCUGAAACACAGGAAGGAGAUGGAGAACAACUGUAAUGGUAUAGAAUACCUUGAUGGCUUGAAAUCUAAAGAGGAGAUAUAUAACCAGGUGUAUGAGAGCAUACACAACAACCUGCUCAACCGCUUUAUAGCAGGACCAGGGAGCUCUGAACAUCUGUGUAUAAACUUGUAAAUAAUAAUAUUUUGACAACAGUGCAACAUCUGUAGCAUACUCUGCCCAGAAGGAAAAAACAUCUGUAAAUAGUUUAAGGCAUAAUUUAUUUAAAAUAAAAAAGGCAGAGAAGCACUGUAUUUUAUAUAAUCAUAUGUAACCUUAUUUAAGAAGAACUGCAUCCAAACAAACUGGACUUCCCAGUGUUGAAACACAUGAAGAUCAGAAGUAUAUACAAGAAAGUACCAUCAAUGAGUUUCCCAGCUCGCUUGAAAUGUUCCUAAUAAAUAACUAUAUAAAUGACUAAAGAUUUUCUGGUUCAUUAGGAUAUAUCAACAUCUGUGCUUUUAAGAACACAUUCAAUGUUUAUCUUAUCAAAAUCAGCUGGUUAACUCAUCAAUCCUGUUUUGUAGAUAUCAAUUCACACUGGGAGGAAGGAUUUGUGUCUGUCACUUUAAAAUACUUAAUCCAU